CCUCUUUUCUUACCAAAGAAACCCCACUCUCGCCUCUUCAAUUCGUUGCCCUUUAUAUUCGCAUCCUUUAUCUCUCUCUAUAUAUAUCUAUAUUUAUAUUUAUAAGCUAGAGAGAGAGAGAGAGUAGACGAACGAUCAAACACUGCUUUAAUUUUCUGUCAUGGAAGGUUCGGCUUCGGGCGUUAUGGCGAGAAAUGUCGGCGCUGUGUGGUUGCCGCUGGUGUUCGGAUCGCUGCUAUUAACAUCCGCGCUGGGCGAUCGGAUUAAGGUGGGAGGGAACGUCGGUUGGACUCCCAAUGUUAUGAACUACACCGAAUGGGCGGCCAAACAGCAUUUCUACGUCGGCGACUGGCUCUAUUUUGUGUUCGAUAAGCACUAUUACAAUGUGCUGGAGGUGAACAGCAGCAACUACGAGACGUGCAACGACGGCGAGUUCAUAACCAACAUCACGAGAGGCGGUCGGGAUGUGUUCCAGUUGAACGAGACGAGGCCAUAUUACUUCAUUAGCAGCGGAGGCUAUUGCUGGAACAAAAUGAAAAUGGCGAUCAACGUCCAGCAACAUCCUACUCCGGCGCCUUCACCUUCUCAAUCCAAUUCGCCGCCGGUGAUGUCUCCCCAAAGCGUUUCCCUUUCUGUUGUCCUUGUUAUGGCUUUGUCUGCAGCUUUCAUGUUUCUUUAAUCAUUUUGUACUCUAUUCUUGCAACCUAAGUAAUUUGAACAAUUCUUUAUUUUUUUUGUUCAA